CCGGCCCCGUCGUGGCUCGCAGGAGGUCUUUCAUGGCCCGUCCCAGCCAGUCUCUUUAAAGUACCUUAAUCGCCCUCUCCACGCCCGGUGAUCCCAACCACUCUCUGUUUCUCCUCGCCCGUUGUCACGCUGACUCUCUUCGGUCUCCUUUCGGUGAGACGGUUCGCUUUCGACUGGAAUUCUGGAAUUCGAUAUUUUUCUUCUUUGCAAAAGAGAGGCUGGACAACACUCGACGUCGUUACACGUAUUCUUCUUCUUUUGGUGGAUACCGAUUUGGACUUGUUUCGAGGAACAAAGGACUGAGCAACGAAAGAAAGAGCAGGGGGAACUGAACAUCUGAGGUCAUUGGACGAACACCACCCACCAAACGCCAGGCAAAAACGGAAACAACGACCGUUGAACCCGACCCUUCCAACCUCAUUCUGGAACUUACAACCACAUCACCACCCUCACUGCACCUUCCUUCCCUCACGCUCUUUUUCUUGCUCUUUUUGCACCGUUUGCACCUUCCUUGAAAAACAUUUUCCACAUUCACUAAAACCACGUGAGAAUACUCGCUUGUUCACACACACCCCCCUUCCCCCUCCCUUUCGGCAAAUCAGCGCUCGGUUCUGCCUUCGAAUAUCGAACAAACCCACGCUCGUUCUUUCCCAUUCAAUCCAACUCCGUCAGCGGCGGUGUACAUUCGUUUUCUCUCUCAUUCCAAGACAACCCAAAAAAGCUCGCGCUACGCAUCACAUUCAAGACAUUGUCAACGUCUCCGUGGUCUUGUUUUACUUCAUUUUCGUCAUCCAGCAGUCCGGGCAUUUUUCAGCUUUUUUGAAAAUCCCCAUCACUCACCUGCUCAACUUCUCCACACUCGACAGAAGGGAUUUCGGCUCCUCGAUUCCGAAAAGGACGCGGCACGAGACACUGCGAAGGACCACCUGAGAGACGCACAAUAUAUUGACGUUGCUUCGUCCCCCCGUCUUCUCAUACGUCAACUUCAGCCACUUGCCUUUUCUCAAUUUGUUCAACCGGCUGCUGCUCGGCCAGAUUCAGAUCGACCUUGACCUCAUUUGGAUCGCCAAUACACCGACCGCACUCGCUUCCAGGCAAACGAUCAGCACCAGGGUAUCGACGCAACGACCAUCCGGAUUUUAAUUCCCCUGGUUGACUUGACGCUCCGUCAUUCAGCUCCGCUCAUCACUCACCUCGAGGUUGGACGCAUUCCUCAGUGACUCGGUCUCCUGCAGCACCUCGACUCAUCACACGUCACCACCGACACUGUGCUGAUACUUACAAAGGCUUCCGCUUCACUUAUUCGGAACAGGCCUGCUAUCCCCGUUCUUUCUUUGUCAUUUUGCUCUCGACCCGAAGCACAAUGAUAUUGUAACCGACCGGUCUUUCUCGAUAACAAUCCGACUCCUCGCUCUCGCGCCUGCCGGACCGUUCUAGCAAAAUAGCCUAGCCCAACCGAACGAGGCUAUCUAGCUCACGUCCUCGGGAGAAACGAACACUCCUUCACCUUUCAUACUCGACUUUUGAGAUUUACAGCAAACACAAACAAUACAUCUGACCAGAUGGACUCUCACCGGCGCAGGAUCGCCGGCCUGGUGGCGGAUUUUAUCCCCACCCAGAUCCUUCAACAACGUGCUCAUGCCGCUGCCACAACGGGGGCGGCUGAGGCCACCUCCACCAUCUCUCCUUACCACUCCAACCUUGCUGGUGUAAACCAGCCUGUCAACAUGCUGUUCAAGGACAUGCUCUGGGCCAGCUUUGGUGGAAUGGCAAUUGUCGUCCUGGUUAUCACCAUCAGCCGUAUCCUUUGGGCCCAGCUUCGUCACGUCUCGGCCAUGUCAGUUGAGGGUGAGAGGCAAAACUACUGGAAGACGGCUCAGUGGAACUGGAUGCCCAGCUUGAAGAAACAUCUCAUGUACGCCCCUCUCUGGAACAAGCGCCACAACAAGGAGAUCAAGCUCUCGAGCGCUAUCGGCAUCGGCACCUUGCCUUCUCGCAUGCACAGCGUCAUCCUCGGAUUCUAUAUCGCCAGCAACAUGAUCUACAUGUUCUUCCUGAACUGGGAGAAUGCCAAUCUGUACUCUUUCUGCGCUGAACUCCGUGGUCGCUCCGGCACACUCUCCGUCGUCAACAUGGUGCCGCUCAUCAUUCUUGCCGGCCGCAACAACCCGUUGAUCGGCAUGCUUCACGUUAGCUUCGACACCUACAACCUUCUUCACCGAUGGGUUGGCCGCAUGUCUGUCAUCGAGGCUGUCCUUCACACUAUUGCCUGGUUGAUUGUCCAGAUCGCCGACAGCGGAUGGGAUGGCGUUUGGCAUAGGAUGUCCAACGAGCUCUUCAUCGGCUCGGGCAUGGCUGGUACGCUCGCUCUCAUUGUCAUCAUGAUUUUGUCGUUCUCGCCCGUUCGCCACGCCUUCUACGAGACCUUCCUCAACGUCCACAUCAUCCUCGCAUUCUUCAUCUUCCUGAUGACCUACAUCCACUGCGCCGUCGCUGGCCUGCCGGGUGGCCUUCCUCAACUCCCCUGGAUGAUUGCUAUCUUCAUUCUCUGGUUCCUUGAGCGUAUGGCCCGCAUUGUUCGUGUCGCUUACAUGAACUGGUCUGACCGCGGUACCACCGAUGCCAUUGUCGAGGCCGUUCCUGGCGAGUGCACUCGUGUCACCAUGAACCUCCCUCGCUACGUCGACGUCAAGCCCGGCACUCACGCCUACCUGAGAUUCAAGGACAUCCGCCCCUGGGACUGCCACCCCUUCUCCAUCGGCUGGGUUGAGCAUAUUCCUGACCACCGCUCGCUGCCUCUUGGAGUGGACGAGGAGAAGGCAACGCUCACUGCCAUUGACAAGAAGAACACAACGACCUCCAUCUCUUUCAUUAUUGGUGCUCAGAGCGGCUUCACUCGUGAUCUUUACAACGUUGCCCGCCAGAGCGGUGAUCGCGCCAUCCGCAUGAAGGCUUGUGUUGAAGGUCCCUACAGUGGCCAUCACUCGCUCGACUCAUAUGGUCACGCAGUCCUCUUCGCCGGCGCUACUGGCAUCACCCACGGCAUUUCCUACCUCAAGCCCCUCAUCGAUGGCUACAACAACGGCAGCGUUGCCACGAGACGCAUCACCCUCGUCUGGAUCGUCCGUGACUACGAGGCUCUCGAGUGGGUUCGUCCCUGGAUGGAUACUAUCCUUCGCCUCCCCAAUCGAAAGGACAUCCUCCGUAUCCAGCUAUACAUCACUCGCCCUCAGAACUCUCAGCAGAUUGUUUCGGCAUCCAACACAGUCCAGAUGUUCCCUGGCCGCCCCAAUAUUCCUCUGAUUAUGAAGCGUGAGGUGUCGGAGCAGCAAGGCGCCAUGUGCGUCCACAUCUGCGGUCCCGGUGCUCUCGCUGACGACGUGAGGUCUGCGGUGAGAGAGGUGCAAGACGAGGGCACAGUGGUCGACUUUGUGGAGGAGAGCUUCACGUGGUAGAGAGAAGAAGAAAGAUACCCCACGAAAGAUCCGAGGUGGACAUGAUUUUCAAAUCUUUGGGCGUCAACGGUACCAAGCGGGGAAAAGCGCAGUGUUUUUAACCAUCUCUUUUUGUUUUUGCGGAUCAUCAGGAUCAGAUCGACAUGAGCAUGCUUCUCACGGCCGAUGCCUUGUCUCUAAUGGCUCGCUCUCUUCUAACUGUGUACAUAUUUCACACACCAACUCUUUGGGGCUGAACACAUGUGAUGGAGAGGUGGACACUGGACACACUUUCUAUCGCUGGUUGCCUCGGGCAGUUUUUUCUGGUCUCCCCAGGCUUUCUGGGAAGACAUUUUGUCUAAUUGUUGGACGUAUAUAUUCCCCCACACGCAGAGCACAUCUCCACUGCGAGACAAAGCAGCAGAUCGAUGUGGCCCUGUCGUUGUAAAUAGCAUCCGCCUGUCACGAAGAUAGACCUACUUAGACG